UAAAUAGACCAUAACUACCGUUAACAUCAAACAUUACAAGUUUGCUCAACCAUGAUGGUUACAACGAUAUUUCUAACUGCUGUGCUUGUCAUACUGGCUGGGGUGACCAAUUCGUAUGCCGAUCCGGUGACAUGUGUAUUAAGGAAUAUAACAAAAACGGACGAACGCGCCCGUCGUAAUGGCUAUCCUUCGGAAUCCCAUUUUGUAACCACUCCUGACGGUUAUGUUUUGAAUCUAUUCCGUAUACCUUAUUCAAAUAAUCUGAAGAACGAAAACGCCUAUCGUCCUGCCGUUUUACUUCAACAUGGUCUAUUAAGUAAUUCCGAUUGUUGGAUAUCUGGUGGUCCAGACAAUGCCUUGGCCUAUUUACUGGCCGAUGCAGGAUUCGAUGUGUGGCUGGGAAAUGCUCGAGGAAAUACCUAUUCCCGAAAUAAUACCAUUAUUUCCCUUAACAGCCCCAAAUUCUGGCAUUUUGACUGGCAUGAAAUUGGUACUAUAGAUAUUCCGACGAUGAUUGACUAUAUUAUUGAAAAAACUGGACUACGUAAGAUUCAUUAUGCCGGCCACUCGCAAGGUACCACUGUGUACUUUGUCAUGUUAUCUGAACGCAAGGAGUACAAUAAGAAAAUCAAAUCUGCUCACAUGUUAGCUCCUUGUGCCUUCUUUGAACAUGGUUCGUCAGCUGCAUUCAAAGUAUUCCGUCCUUUGGUCGGUACUCCGGGUGGUAUUUAUAAUCAAGUACUUGCCGAUAUGGAAUUGAUGCCACAAAAUCGUCUAAUCAAUCGUCUAGGAGACACUGCCUGUGGUUUAGAUCCGCCGCUAAAAUUUUUGUGUAAAAAUAUGUGGAUAUUAUUUGCCGGUGAGGGUUAUCAAAACACUAAUUUGACGGCCUUACAAGAAUUUAUGGAAACCCAUCCGGGCAGUUGUUCCAGCAAUCAAGGAAUACACUACAUACAAUUGAGUGACCAUAAUGUGGGUCGUUUCUGUCAAAUGGAUUAUGGAGCGAAGAAAAAUAAGGAGGUUUACGGUCAACCAAUUGCUCCGGAUUAUAAUUUGGAUAAUAUUGUGGCGCCAACUUAUCUGUACUCGAGCAACAAUGAUGGACUCUGUGGUCCCAUGGAUGUCAAUACAUUGGUUUCUAAAAUUAAAAACUUAGCCGGAGAUUAUCGUGUACCAGAUUUAACAUUUAAUCAUUUGGACUUUGUUGUGGCCAAGAAUAUGAGAAAAAUGGUUAACGAGCCGGUCAUUAAAAAUAUUGUCAAACAUGAAAAUAAGUUUUAACAGGGAAAUUAAAUGAUGAUGUAUUAAAUUACAGAAAUGAUCAAAUAUAUGAAAAAUGCUUAAAGAAA